AUGCCCGCCAUCGUGUCCGACGGCCCCUAUCAUCAACCUGCCAGUGCCAGUCCCUCCAAUUCAUUCGAUAUCGCUUCUCGGAAAUCUCACGAAAAGACCUCCGUGGGCAACACUUUUCUCUACACUCCGGGGGCCAAUGGCGAUGUGGGCCGCCUGGAACCGCAUUCUUUUCAACAUCAACAUCAUCAUCAGCAACAUCAUCAUCAGCAACAGCAACAGCAACAGCAACAGCAACAGCAACAACAACAACAACAACAACAACAACAACAACAACAGCCGGAUCAUAAGCAGUUUCUUACAAGUCUAAAGAAUGGCAGUGUCCCGUCGUUGAACGGAGGGCGGUCUAGUAUCGGUUCGUAUAGUCGUGAUCGACCUUAUUCGAGAACAGAUAGCACGCCGUCGGUGAAUAGCGUUUCUCUGCGCGAUAGUCAGUAUUCGUACCAGCAGCAACAACAACCGUCGUACAAUCGGCGAGGAUCAGCGAUGGUCGAUGGGAAUGGACAACAGGGUUCUGAGCUGGAACUGCCGCAGCCUCAGGUUAAUGGUAAUUCGUCAGUCCGGUCACGAUCGCCGACGUCGAAAUCCGUGGUUCCCAAUGGCGAUACGCAGCGGUUGUCGGGUAGUGAUGAUCGCACUUCGUACUUUGACGCAAAUCACCAGGGCAUGAAGAGUUAUUCGCAUACUCCGCUGUCGACAUCGCUUCCUGAUGAUACGAAUCAUCUUCCUCCUGAACCCGACCGGCUUGCAGUCCCGAACAAGCGCUCUCAGCAUAGAUAUUCGUCUCCGCCUGCGCCGUUGAAUUAUGAUUCCCCUUCUUCGCCGUCUUCGCCUACCCCGUAUUCGCAUAGGCAUACACUGCAGGUACCUCGAUCCACGUCAAGAAGAAGUCGCGAGCUUUCUCUUGACGAAGCUCGAACGUACUCUUCCGGUCGCCCGGAACAUCACCGUCGGGCAUCUUUGAACCUCGUCCGCCGAGCUACUCGAACUAGUGCGCAGGAUCUUCCGCCAGAUGAAGCCUUGACCGAUGAAGAUGCCGCUCGCUGGGCGGAAGCAAUCAAACAGAAACGCGCGAGAAAGAAGCGCCGCGAGGAAGAUGACGACGAUCGCGUUAUUGUGGGCACAAAAGUCGACCAGAACCAUCAGAAUUGGGUGACGGCGUAUAAUAUGCUGACUGGUAUUCGAUUUGUGGUUUCGAGAAUCAAUGCGAAGAUGGAUCGUGAAUUGACCCCGGCUGAUUUUAAUGCGAAGCACAAGUUUUCAUUUGAUAUAACCGGCAACGAGUUGACGCCAUCCGCGAAAUACGACUUCAAAUUCAAAGAUUAUGCUCCUUGGGUCUUUCGGAAUUUGCGUGCCAAGUUCAAGCUAGAUCCAGCCGAUUAUCUCAUGUCCCUGACGAGUAAAUAUAUCUUGUCGGAAUUGGGCUCACCGGGAAAGAGUGGCAGCUUCUUUUAUUUCUCGCGAGAUUACAAGUACAUUAUCAAGACGAUCCAUCAUUCCGAACACAAGCUACUACGCAAGAUACUGCCGGAUUAUUACAAGCAUAUCGAGAGCAACCCCAACACGCUAAUAUCGCAGUUUUACGGUCUGCAUCGUGUCAAGAUGGCAUAUGGACGGAAGAUUCACUUUGUUGUAAUGAAUAAUUUGUUUCCGCCGCAUCGCGAUAUUCAUCAAACGUUUGAUUUGAAGGGUUCGACUGUUGGGCGUGAUUUGCAAGAAGAGAAUUUGGAGAAGAAUCCUCGCGCUACAAUGAAGGAUCUCAACUGGUUGCGACGCGGUCGUCAUUUAGAAGAAGGGCCGAUGAAGAAACAAGUGUUUAUGGCUCAGCUGCGGCGUGACGUUCGAUUACUUCAGAGAUUGAAGAUUAUGGAUUAUUCGCUGUUGGUGGGUAUACAUGACUUGGGUCGCGGUAAUGAGGAGAAUCUCCGCGAUAAGACGUUGCAAGUCUUUCAACCGGGUGGCGACGAGGACGAUUAUCCCAGUACCUUGUUGAUGCGGACGCCAUCGAAAUUGGAGAAUGCUCGUAAAGCUCGCGAACUGCGACUUACGUUGAAACGAGAGCGGCCGGUGCCUAUACAGCAGACAGCAGCAAAGAUGCCAGAUGAAAUUCUUGACGAGAGGAAGAAUCUGGUUUUUUAUUCUGAUGAUGGUGGUUUUCGCGCGACGCACGAGAAUGGCCAGCCGGGUGACGAGAUUUAUUAUCUUGGUAUUAUUGAUUGUUUGACACCGUACGGAAUUGUCAAAAAGGCAGAACAUUUCUGGAAAGGCCUGUCACACAGUCGGGCACAAAUAUCACCCAUCCCUCCUGAGCAAUACGGAGAACGAUUCAUCAAUUUCAUGGAAGGCAUCACCAUGUCCAGAGAGGAAGCAGAACGACUAGCCCAAGCUCGAGCCAAGGGCGAAACGACCGACGAAAAGGUGAAAAACACCGAAGGCAUUCGUCCCGAGGCCGUGGAAAGAACAAUGUCUGAAGCAGAGGAUAUGACUCGAAACACUGGUCCAGAGCCUCAUGCGCGAACACUUUCCACGAUGCGCGAUCCGCAAGAUGUGAAUAGCAUCAGCGGACCAAAUACAUUGCCGAUUGUCGACGAAGCGGGCGAAGCAGCAAGUCAGAAGAGUGGGCGCAGUCCUCGGAAUAGAACUCGCUCUGAGAUUUCAGAUAAAAUGCUUCAAGAGGUUCAAGCGGAAGAUUCGCCACGACGAGCAUCUGCUUGGCCUUAGUCGCUACGAAAGGACUUUUAUCAAAAACUAUUACGACGACUUGUAUAAUUAUUUCCUAUCCAUGAUACGCCUUUUGCUCAUUAUGCAUUUAUCUCGUCUCGUCUGAUCAGCAAGUUUUAUCAUUGUACUUGUUUGUUGCGAGUACGACAGCCCUUCUUUAUUCAUUGAAUAUAUUUCCUACCGUUUCUCUCGCUCAGUCCCAUUUCUUUUCUUUUCUUUUUGUCUCUUCUGCAUCUAUUUAAGAUUCCCAUCACCAAGAAGACUCUUAUUACGGACUUGGUUUCGUAUGUACUUUAUAAAGUACUCACCACUGGCUAUGCAGCUUUUUCUUUUUCUUUUUCUUCUUUUCUUUUUUUUCUUUUUUUUUUCGUGGUUCUGCUUCAUUCGAUUCAAGUGUAUCUUAUUAUUUUAGUGGGAUUUCUUAUUUUUAUUUUAGAUUAGAGUGUCAUGGUAGGGGUUAAAUCAUUGGCUG